AUGAAAGAAGUUAGCAUGAAUAUCAAGCUAAAGGAAUUUUUUGACACAAUUAUCAAGGGACUCAAGACGAGCCCUAUUUCCACAGUGCCUCACUUGCCAUCUUUACAUUUUCCUGAGAAUACUUUUGAACACAAUGUAAAAGCAAACUUUGAUAUUCUCACACACAUGUUUAAGAUCAAACGUUCUCAGUCAUCCUCUGUAUUGAACACAGGUAUUUUUCGAACAGCCAAACUGAUAUUCGAGACUGGAAAAAUUCCAGAUACCUCAUUUGACAGCUUUUUCACAUCAAACAAUAGUUCCUUGUUUUUGGAGUACAUGGAGGAGCUUGUCACAAGUUAUCAAAGUACCGUUGAUAGCAGAAACAAGAUAGAGAAUGAACAAUGUGUGACCUCAACUUUGGAUCAAUUAUGGAAAACUGUAGAAAAGCUUUACGAACCAUGUCGGAUACCAUCAUCAAAAGCAUGUUCCAAAGCAGGAUUGUGGCCCAAGCUACUACCAACGAGAAUUCUCUCACAACUACUAUUCGAAAACAAAUCUAAUAAUCCUUUCUUCCAUCGAGAUCUAGUUGGAGCCAUUGCCAUAUUAUUCACUCAUCAACAACGUUUUAAACGAUUACAAGCACUCUCUUUGGACAUGAACAAAAAAGUACUCUAUGAAAGAGAGCUCGAAAAUACAGGACAUGAGAAUUGGCAGCCAAGCAUGUACCCUGAAUGGCUCAUAUUAGAAAUUGAAAUGAAUAUGAUGAUUCGUCCUAUACAAUUUGAGGUUGCCUCUAACAUGAUGUACUGCGAUAGUAAUAUGGUGAUGCAAUUCAAUAUGGGAGAAGGUAAAACAUCUGUAAUUAUCCCAAUGCUUGCAUUGAAAUUGAAUACUAACCAACUUGCACGGUUAACAGUGUUGAAGCAGCUACUUAACACCAAUUUUACUUCACUCGUAUUCAAGUUAGGUGGUAUUUUAGGAAGAAAAGUAUUAACAAUUCCUUUUUCAAGAGACACAGAAUUGGAGUCACAACAACUCGAUCAACUGAAACAGUCUUUAGUGAACUUGAAAGAACAAAAGGGAGUGUUAAUCACUGUACCAGAGUAUCGAUUGUCGUUUGAGCUGAAAGGUUUAGAAACGGGUUUAAAAACUCAAUACAUGUUGUCAAGAAAGUUUAUUGAACUGCAAGAGUGGAUGGAUACAAAUUGCAGAGAUGUAUUAGAUGAGUCUGACGAAAUAUUACACGUUCGAUAUCAAUUAAUAUACACAAUUGGAGAUCAACUAUCUCUUGAUGCGGAUUCAUUACGUUGGACAAUGCUACAACGAAUUUUCAGACUUAUAAAAAGACGUGCCAAGACAUUUGCUGAAACAUUUGAGCGAGAAUCAGAAUUUCAUGCAAUCGAUGGUUCAUAUCAGUCAGAGUUUCCUCAUUUCAGAUUAUUAGAUCGAAAUAUUUAUUCGACAGAGUUUGUUCCAACAUUAGUGCAAGAUAUUUUAGAUGGACAUGCAGCCGAUAUCAAUAUUCCUUUUAAAAAAGAACAUCGACCACUCUUGGAAAGAUUCAUGACUAAGGAAGAGGUUUCACAGAGCGAAAUGGAUCAAGUUCAACAAUUAUACGAAGACACGGUCACAUGGAAUGAAUUGUUGAUCAUGAGAGGUCUUUUUGCAUAUCAAACUCUAUUUCAUGCAUUGAACAAAAGAUGGAGAGUCAAUUAUGGAGUACGAGAAAAUAGCACCAAACUAAUGGCUGUUCCAUUCAGAGCCAAAGAUGUUGCAUCAGAAAGAGCAGAAUUUGGACAUCCUGAUGUUGCAAUUUUACUCACUCUGUUAAGCUAUUAUUACUCUGGAUUGUCACAUGAACAACUAGAUACUGUUUUUAAAUCAUUAGAGUGUAUGCAAAAUCCGGAUAUUGAAUAUCAGAAAUGGUUGAGUGAGACUCCAUGCAAGGAAAACAUUCCAUCAUCAUUGAGAUCCUUUCAUUCUAUCAACCUUUCUGACUAUCAGCUUAAAAAUCGCCAACUUUACCCCAUGCUUUCAAGAACAUGUCAACCGUUGAUUUUUAUUUAA